CAAACAAUUAAUUAUCAAUUGAUAAUAAUUUUAAUCUAGCGAUUAAUUAUAAAUAACACGAAUUGAAAUAGUGGCUAGGUUGAAUAUAGAUUUUAUUGCGUACAUUAUGCGCUCGUACGUGUUUCGGUACGUGUUAGAACAUUCCAUUAGUAUAGAUUUUUUUCAACCGUGUAAAUCCCCUAGAUAAAUGUUGCGACUGAAAUUUACACAAAGUAUCCUAUGAUAAGGUAAAUGAAUAUGAUUUACAACUCUAUCCUAGAUAAGAUGUCUCUAUAAACGUAGUAAAAUGAACGGAUUACUCGUUAAUUCUUACCACACUACGUUCAAUUCGGCGAAACCCGAAGUUGAAGAGAAAAAACCCAUCAACCGGACCCACUAUCAUACAUGGCCUAGAAAAAGAAAAUCCUCCAGAAAGAGGAAAAUUUCCCAUAUUAUACAGCACAUCAAAAAAGAACACGCCAUCUCGGAGAUCUGUUUGAAUAUUCAAACCAUCGACAACAUCUGCUUCUCUUUCGACGUCACCAAUAAUAAGGAUGCUUCCACGAAUGAUGAGUCCAAAGUGAUAAAACCAGAUAACGAUCAAGUACAAAAAUCAUCGAAUUGUUUGGAGGAAAAUAAUAAUCAGUGUACGGCUUCCAGUGACUGCCUCAGUUAUACUGAAAACCUCGACUGUGUUGUCAUCGAUCGUAGCCCGAGCGAGGAUGUGUUCAACGAAGAUAAUUUAGGAAUUAUUAAAAUUCUCAAAGACUGGAAGGUCAAUAAAAAUAAUCACGAAAAAUCGUAUAAAUCUAGCGGCGCGUUCAGUGAUUCUGUUAGUUCAAUUAGUUCUUUAAAUACUUUCAAUGAAAGUGACAGUAUUAGUUUUGCUUCCGAUAUACCGUAUACCUCUACGAGGGUCAGUAGAUAUCAAAACAAUUAUAAUAAGACCAUCAGUAGUACGCAUUUGAUUCAAAUGGACAGGCCAUCUAAUUUACCACCUAAACCAUUAAGUGAGCAAAUGAAGCAUCAGAAAGAAUACGAAAAAAUGGUCGAAGCUAUUCAAAAAAAAGAACGCGAUAAAGAUAUUAUGUUGAAGAAACGUCGAAAUGAUCGAUUAAAAGAAGAAGAGAAAUUAGCCCAGGCAACUUCAAUAUGGUUGAAUGAAAUUUUACCAAAUUGGCGCCAAAUGAGGAAUUCCAAGAAGACUCGUAAUCUAUGGUGGAAUGGACUUCCUCCCUGCAUCCGUGGCAAAGUAUGGUCUUUAGCUAUCGGUAAUAAGUUGGAAAUCACCGGUGAACAAUAUAAAGAAUGCGUUAAAAAGUCGAAAGAAAUCUUGAAAAAUGGCUCCAAAGAUUCAUUACACAUGAACGAAAGUUACGAACAUAGCGUCGAACUGAUAAGACUCGAUAUAAGUCGAACUUUUCCUCAGUUGUGUAUUUUUCAACAAGGUGGUCCAUAUUACGAAGUUUUACAUUGUUUACUCGGAGCGUACGUUUGUUAUCAACCAGAAAUUGGAUAUGUGCAAGGAAUGUCAUUUAUCGCAGCCGUGCUGCUUUUAAAUAUGGAGGAACUCGACGCGUUUAUUUGUUUUGCAAACAUGCUGGAUAUGCCGUGCCAUAAAGCCUUCUAUUCAUUAGAUGUUCAAAAAAUGAAAAAAUAUUAUCUAGCUUAUACGGAUCUCCUUCGUGUAAAUAUAUACGAGUUAUAUACGCAUUUUAGCGAAACUGCCUUAUCGCCGGAUUUAUACUUAGUCGAUUGGGUUUACACUUUGUUUUCCAAGUCGAUGAAUUUAGAUUUGGCGUGUCGUAUUUGGGAUAUUAUUAUCAGAGAUGGAGAAACGUUUAUAUUUCGGGCUGCCUUAGGCAUAAUGCAUUUAAACAAAAACGAACUAUUAAAAAUGGACUUCCUUCGAGCAGCUCAAUAUUUGACUAAAUUACCAGACGACAUUUGCCCAAAUCAGUUGUUUAAAUCGAUAUCCUGUAUAAACAUGAGUAACGGAUCGUUCACAUUUGAAGACUUAUUAACUUAUUACGAAGAUUUAAUCGCUUGACAAUGAAUUUUCAUCGAAAUUUCAUAAUUAUUCCCUAAUGAUAGAUUCAUUUAUAUAUUUGUUGACAAUUUUAGACAUUUUUAAGAUACCUAUUUUUCAUUUUCUUAUUCCAGUUUUUUUUCUCCUUUUGUAUUAUUAAAUUUGUAUUUAAAAAUUAUUUUAUGUAGGUAUUUUCCUCUACACCAUACAACCAGAUAAUCAAAGUAACUGAGUUAUCAUUAUUGUCAUUUUGGUGUAGGUGAUUCUAUAUACUGAUACUGAAGUACGAGUACAUACCUUUAUUAUUUUUUAAGUAGUAGAUAUUCCGUCCUGUGUAUUGUUUUUCGUUACAUUUAUUCUUUAUUUUAGUAUUUUUGUUUGUUGAACGAAAACAAUCGUAUUGUUGUGAGAAUUGACGAGUGUGUUAAACGAAGCUCUGAUACGUUCAUUAAUAUGGACCAAGUUCAUUUCAUCGUAAAUAUAUUUAUUACAUUUUA